AGGCGAGGACGGCUCCGUGAGCGAGCCCAUCCCGACGAAGGUGAAGCUCGCCUUUGCCGCGCCGACCGUGGCAAUGCUGCCUUACGUUGUGAUGUUCUCCCUCUACGGGAACACCAGCUACGAGUCCUUCGACGCGAGCCUGGGAACUAUUAGUGUUUAUACAGCCUUUGCGCGGUCGUUCGAUGUUGUGUCCGAUCCUCUUAUGUCGUAUCUGACAGAUUCUACACGGACGAGAUUUGGCCGUCGACGCCCUUUUAUGUUUGUUGGGUGCUUCUUGUAUUCCAUAAGGCUUGACUGUGCCGCGCCAGCCGUUGGGCUCCAGCCGGGCCCGAAGCUGGGGCGCGGCGCGCUCCUGCGGCCCUUCGCUGGCCUGUGGUGCCUGCAGAGCCCGCCCUACGGCUCCGCGUCCGCGGUCUCGAACUGGUUCGGCGUGAUGUACAUCUUGUAUUUCUUCUCCAACACGCUGACGUGCACGGGGGGCAGAUGCCACCGGAGAG